GUCAAUGUUGGGUGUGUGCCGAAGAAGGUGAUGUGGAACGCAGCAGUCCACAUGGAGUUUAUCCAUGAUCAUGCCGACUAUGGCUUCGAAAUGCCCGGCAUCAAGUUCAACUGGAGAACCAUUAAAGAGAAGCGUGAUGCUUAUGUGAGGCGCCUCAACGAGAUCUAUGAGAAUAACCUCAAGAAGGCUCACAUUGACAUCAUUCGGGGCUAUGGCAAGUUCACUGCUGAUCCUGAGCCUACCAUCGAAGUGGAUGGGAAAAAAUACACAGCUCCUCACAUCCUUAUAGCCACAGGCGGGCACCCGGCUGUCCCUUCCGACAGCCAAAUUCCUGGUGCCAGCCUGGGGAUGACCAGUGAUGGCUUCUUUGACCUGGAGGAGCUGCCCAGGCGCAGCGUGAUUGUUGGUGCCGGCUACAUCGCAGUGGAAUUAGCGGGGAUCCUAUCCACACUGGGCUCCAAGUCAUCCCUGCUGAUCCGCCAGGACAAGGUUCUGAGGACUUUUGACUCAAUGAUCAGCUCAAACUGCACCCAGGAGCUGGAGAACACUGGGGUGGAUGUCUGGAAGCACACACAGGUCAAGACGGUCACCAAGUCCCCUUCUGGGCUGCUGGAUGUGACAGUGACCUCCUCAGUGCCGGGCCACAAGCCAACAGAGGGAGUGAUCCAGGACGUGGACUGCCUGCUGUGGGCUGUGGGGAGGGAACCCAACACCCAGGACCUAUGCCUGGACCGAGUGGGCGUGCGGAUGGAUGCCAAAGGCCAUGUGGUGGUGGAUGAAUACCAGAACACCACCAGGAGAGGGGUCUAUGCCAUUGGGGACGUGUGUGGGAGAGCUCUCCUCACCCCAGUGGCCAUUGCAGCUGGCAGAAAGCUGGCCCACAGGCUCUUUGAGGGCAAGCAGGACUCCCGGCUGGACUACCAUUACAUCCCCACUGUUGUCUUCAGCCACCCGCCCAUCGGCACUGUGGGUCUCACUGAAGACGAAGCCGUGGCCACACACGGGAGGGAGAAUGUGAAGAUCUACAGCACAUCCUUCAACCCCUUGUACCAUGCUGUCACCCAGAGGAAGGUGAAGUGUGUCAUGAAGCUGGUAUGCGCUGGCAAGGAGGAGAAGGUGGUGGGAUUGCACAUGCAAGGGCUGGGCUGUGACGAGAUACUGCAGGGCUUUGCUGUGGCCAUCAAAAUGGGGGCCACCAAGGCCGACCUGGACAACACCAUUGCCAUUCACCCCACUUCUGCUGAAGAGCUGGUGACGCUGCGCUGA